AUGGUUUCACCCAACCUUGACGAUCUUCCCUGUGAAAUUUUGCAAAACAUCUUUUACUUGCAAUGCGAUCCCUAUCAAUUAUUUCGUCAAAUUCUCACCUUUAGACAUAUCAAUAAAACCUUCCGAGUAAUAAGUGAGGAUCGGGAAGGUUUUUGGCAGCCCUUUUUGAGUCAAUUUAGAAACAAGGAAUAUUUUGAUAUUGUAGGAAUGUACUUUCCAACUCAUGCCUUCAUUGAUAAAUUAUUGUUCCGAACACAAAGAAACAAAUUCAAGGACUUUACUAAACAUGAUGAUCAGUUGGUUGUCUAUUACAAAGGUAAUGAUGAGUUGAUUUGUUAUGAAUCGGAUGAUGAUGAGCAAGGCAAUUUAUUUGAAAAAUUUGCAGAGUGGCUUGAUGCAUAUUCAUCAACAGAAGAAAAUAUUCUAAUGUUGAAAGCUUUGAUUCAGGUAUGUAUUGGAAGAGAGAUGCUGGCUCAUCUUGGAUCGAAUCAAGUUAAUGUUAUGAUUGAAAUGUUUUUUGAGAAAUUAUUGGAACCUGCUGUUAAAUUGGUGAAUUCUUGGGAGGAGAAACCAAAUGAAAUUGAGUGGAAUGAUCAGAUUGUGUUCAAUACAAAUCUAUUGAAUGUUAUUGAAACACCAAGUCUAUUUGACGAUAUCACAACAUGUUGGAAUGAAUUGGAUGGUAUUUCCUCUUGUAUUCCAAGAAAGUACUUGUUAUAUAUUGUAGAAAAGUUUAAUGGUAUCAAUACUUUGAUUGAUGGUAGCAGCACUUGUAUGGUAACCCAAAUUAUGAAAAGACUUAGAGAUUGUGGAAUCAAGGUGGAAAGAAUGAGAUUUUGUGAUGUUGGCAUUAAGAUGAAUUUUAAGAGAACAGAGUCCUUAGAGUUCUUGAUACCUCCAAUGUCAAAGAGCUUUUAUUUACAACACUUGGCUGUUUGGAUCAGUAGUUCGACUCUAUUAGAGUGGUGUCUGAAUGUGGGCACUAAAUUCCAUUCUAAUCUUGCCAAUAUUUCUAAUAAUCCAAGUUUAAAUGUUCCUCUUGAAGCGCAUGUGAAAACAUACAUUCAUGAUGCAGCUGGUCUGACAGCUCUUCAUUAUUCCAUCCAAAGAGGAAAUGUUGAAAUCUCCGACUUGUUAAUUAACAAGUAUUUUGCGAACCCUUUUGUACAAUCAAGAAUUAUUUAUAAUGGUAAGAGACUUACACCUUGUAUUCUAUCUCAAAUUGAUGAAAGCUCUGAAAAGGAAAAAAUAUAUAGGCUUCUUCAAGAAAAGUAUGGAGAUAUCAAAGUAGCUAUCAAAAUCAAUGAAAAAAUUAAGGAAGUAGAUAGACUGAAUGAUAUUCACAAACUUUCUUUGGAGAAAAUGGAUGCAGAUGUUUGGUUUGAUGGUGGAGAUGAAUAUUCCACUUCGGUGCAAUGGAGAGAAAAAGAAGAGCAUGAACCUUUGAAAGAGUUUGUUACUGUGGAAACAUGGCUCGAAAGAUCAUAUGAAUACGAUGAUUAUAUUUCUGACGAAUCUGAAAGUGAGUACGGCUUGUCUUAUGAAUGGCUUGAAAGUCAGGUCAAAAAUCAAACCUCUUUGAAGCGAAAGAGAAAUCCAUAUACGGAUUAUAUAUAUAAUGAAAAUUUGAGAAAAAUUAGAAAACCCCUCGAAGAACUCGAACUAGUAAGAUGGAAUCCCUAUCAAGGAGAGUAUUUAGAGGAAACAAACUCUUUUAGUGAGCUACCCUAUGACGAAGACAACUGGCCACUUAUUAAAAUAUUAAAAAGAAGACCAAAUUCAAAACCACCUGCUGAAGAGGAUGAAAUUCAGGACGAGAAUGAAACUAUAGAUGAUGAAAAGGAAGAUUCAAUCUCACAAGGUCUUGGUCCAGAAUUCAUAACAAGAAAAGAUUUAAUUCUUCCUAAAGCACGUAUUAAUUUAUUAAUUGAAGAAGUUCUCAUGGAUUACAAAAAUGAUACAAAUGUACUUCCAAAUGGCAAGAUGCUCAUCCAACAAGCAAGUGAGCAAUUUUUAGCCAAUAAUUUCAAACUAGCUCAAGAUAUUGCAGAGUUUUCUGGAAGAGAUUAUGUUAUUGCAAGUGAUAUCACUUUGGCCCACAUUUUGGUAGCGUCUAAAACAGAGCUAAUUCAAGAGUACUUUUCUUUUAUGAACUCUAGGAAAACUUAUAAUCUCCAGAGGUUCAGAGAUGAGUUUGUGGAAAAUUUGAAUUUACAACCAGAGCAAGUUCAUGAACAAUUGAGAAAUUUCAUUCAAGACGACACAAUUCUCAAAACCCUAGUCGAUGUUAUUGAAGAUCAAUUUGAAUCUGUUUAUUUAGAUGAUGAAACGGAAGAAGAAAUGGAUCCUGAUUACGAUGGUGAAAGCAUUCACUCAUCCGAUAGCACUUACUACAGUGACGACAGCAUGAUUUCCAACGUGUGUCAGCAGGAAUCGUUUUAUGGAUGCGAUACUUAUUGCAAGGAUUUAUGCUACUCUGUUAACACUGCAAACACCUUUCAGAAACAGAAGAGUGAAGCCAUUCUGAGGGAUAGAGGAUCUGGUUAUCUCACUGUUCAUGAAAAAGAAGGAGAGGCAAUUACUAGAGUGGUUUUCACAGAAGAUCGACGUACAGCCAUUCAAUGGAUUGAGGAUGGAUUAUUUUAA